AGCAUCAUGAAAAUCGGGACCAGCCGGGCGGGAAGGUCGGAGCUUGUGGGCGAGCAAGCGUCGAUUUCAAACACGAAAGUCGUAAAAACGUCGAGCUGACUCGAGCACAAAUAAUCUGACCACUGACACCUGAUUUCGCCAACAUUGGCAGCAUCGUCGUGAAAUCAGCACACAUUGUGUUCGCGUUUCUACGUCCACGCUGCAAGUCUCUUCUGAGAGUUACGCUUUGAAGUAGUAAUUUGAGAGCAUUGAGUCGAAAUACUGGUCAAUUUCACCUGGUUUGCGAUGUACGGGGGAGACGAAGUAUCAGCCAUUGUUUUGGAUCUGGGCUCGCAUUCUUGCAAGGCUGGAUAUGCUGGUGAAGAUGCCCCGAAGGCUGUACUUCCUUCGUUGGUGGGAACCAUGGAUCCAAUGUAUCUGCCACAAGAACCAGAACAACCUGCUAAGAUGGGUGUAGAUGGGGACAAUAACAAUGCUGUCGACCCAAAGACAGGCAAACCUGUCGAAGCAGCUGCAAAGAAAUCUACGAGAAAGCUUUACACAGGGGUUCAAGCCAUGGGCUACCGUCGGGAUCACAUGGAGGUAGUACCAGCCCUGAAGGAUGGCUUGAUCAAUGAUUGGGAAGUUGUGGAGAGCAUUUGGGAUCACACAUUGAGAGAACGUCUAAUGAUUGACCCGAAGGAGCAUCCAAUGCUCUUAGCAGAGCCAUCUUUCAACACACCCCAACAUAGAGAAAAGAUUGUGGAGUUAAUGUUUGAAAAAUACCAAAUUCCCGCAUUAUUUCUUGCAAAGAAUGCGGUGCUCACAUCAUUUGCGUCUGGACGAGCUACAUCAUUAGUUGUGGACUGUGGGGGUGGUUCUACAACAGUAGCGGCAGUUCACGACGGGUAUGUGCUGCAAAAGGCUAUUGUGCGAUCCCCAAUCGGUGGGGAGUUCUUGACCGACUGUAUGCUGAAGGCGCUAGAGGGCCGUGGAAUCGCGAUCAGGCCCCGUUACUCUUUCAAACGUAAAGAAGUCCGACCCGGGGAGUUUGAGUUGACAAACGUGGACUUUCCAAAUACUACGGAAAGCUACAGAAGAUAUAUUCAGAGGGCAAUUGCAGCAGAUGUGAAAGAAUCUGUUUGCCGUGUACCCGAUGGUCUGUUUGAAGAGAGUUCUUACGCAAACAUUCCUACAACCCCGUACGAGCUACCGGAUGGGCAAACAAUUGAAGUCGGGGCGGAUCGCUUUAAAAUCCCUGACUUGAUGUUUAAUCCGGCUCUCGUUCAAACUAUACCUGGAAUGGAGAAGUUCACAACAGAAGCGGGAGCUUCAGUUAAAGGACUUCCACAAAUGGUGAUAGAGAGUAUAAACAAGUGUGAUGUUGAUAUACGAAGGGAGCUCUUCAGCAGUAUACUGCUUGCUGGAGGAACUGCGGCAAUGCAACAAAUGAAGGAGCGGCUGGAAAAGGAUUUGAUUGAGGAAGCGCCCCAAGCUGCAAGGGUGAAAGUUCUUGCCAGCGGUAAUGCGAUUGAGAGACGAUUCAGUGUUUGGAUAGGAGGAAGUAUCUUGGCCUCUCUUGGAUCAUUCCAGCAGAUGUGGCUCUCCAAGUCGGAGUUUGAGGAGCACGGCGCUUCUUAUGUGCACCGGAAGUGCCCUUAGAAAACUUGUGUCGAGUAACAGUUAUUGUCUUUGGCUGUAGAAUUACAUACUAUUAGAAGUUACUUUCGACGUCGAGAGUCUGCUCAUUUCCUUGGUCUUGAACAAAAGAGCACAAUCUCAAACGCUUCAAUAGUUGAGGUGCAAAAUGCGGAGUAGACAUCUUUCAGUAGAUUCCUUUGGUUUUUCCUCUAUUCGAAGGAGUCUCUUGAAGACGGUGCUGCGAAUUUGCGACGAAGCUUUAUUCAGUUACUUACGAAAUUUAUUUCAACCUAUCAUGGGCUGUUUCUUUAUGCACUGCAUCACUGGACAGUUUUAUUCUGAUGAAAUAUACAAGUUUCAGCCUGCGCUUCCU